AUGAUGGGGCAUAUUCCCAGCAGCGCCAUCAGCGCUGCCACUCCAAACAAAGACCAGUUUGAUACUGUUGACGAUGCUGCCCCAACGCAGGACCAUGAGGCAGGGCACACUCUUGGGGAAAAAAAUUCCCUUAUUUCACCCUCGGGCUCUUCUUCCUCUUCUUUCUUCGGGAACAUUCGAAAUCUUUUCAACUUUCCUGACUCUAGCACCAGCUGCCUUACAUUCGAGUUUCGCAAUUGGCACACUGCUGAUUUCCAGUGCGAUGUGUCAACAGCACCCCCAGACUGCCAGAUGGAUGAAGAAACCCCUAUCAAGGCAGAGCCUUGCCAAGAUGGAACUCUGAAAAUCCACACCCUCGUGCCAAAGGAGUUUCCAGGCGGCAAAAAGGGGCUCUUCUUGACCACAACAAAUUUCCUUCGCGAUCCAAAAACAUAUGGCAUUCAAUCAAUCCACAUGGGUGAUGGUGCUAUAGAAUCCUAUCUGACGGACGUCGUCGAAAUUUUCAAAUCCCAGUCCAAGAAUUCCAACCGCAACAAAAACAAGGACUCGAAGGGCAAGGCCAUCAAAUGGAAAAACCCAACCACCGCAUUUGGAUGUCGCUACGUAUGGGCACAUGAUAAUGCCAUGCCUCAUAUGCUCUAUUUUCGUGUCCGUCCUACCUGCAUGGGCCUUCCUGCAUUAGUGGUGGUAAACACAAACAAAGCAGAAUACAAACAAGAGCUUGACGGUGACAAGAUUGUCCUUCCUCAGAUCCAUAUACAUCUGGUAUUCACAUACUACCAAUCUUGUUUCGACCAUACAAGCCAAAGCUACGCCAAUAUCCCUGGGUUUCAACCAGAUCCUUCACAGCCUUGGUGGUGGAACAUCAUUCAACACCACAACAAACAGCAUGAAGAACAUCUAAAGGGAACUGUGGCAGAUUCUGGCAAGUCGAAGAUUAUGCCUCAUCAUCCUACAGCUUCUGCUAUUAGCUCAUCGAAAGACCCUGUCAAUAGACCAAAGGUUCCAAAAGUAUUCGACAAGGAUCUUCUUCCGCAAAGAUCUCAUCUACUUUCACAUCGUCAGGAAGAAAGCUCCAACAUGGAACUUGUCUCUGUGUCUACUCUGUCGACCAUGGCAAAGAAGAGAAAAAGCAAACGAAAGAAUAAUAAGAAACAUGGACAGGAGACUUCAGAUAUCUUUGUUACUGAAGCUACUGGUUCCCAGCAAAACACUGAAAAGCUGAAUUCUCUCGCGAAAGGAAAGGAGUCUGAAAUAAAUACCGAUCUUCAAGAACCUUCUGACACGAUACAUUUGGGGACUCAUGCAUCCCGAAAUUUGGUGCCUGGUGGUUACAAGACCAAUGAAACCGCCCAUGUGCUACGCGAGUCGAAUGAACCCGAUACUAUUGAGACCGGCUCUCCUCAGAAACAAGCCAUUCAUUCCGUGUCUCAGCCUAGAUCAUCUCCUACCAAUACUCUGCCUAAUGAGAGUGCAGAAGAAGCCCAUGACGAGAAAGAACCAAAACCUGAGAAGAAAAAAUCGAAAAAGAAGGGCGAGCAGGGUAAGCAGGGUAAGCAGGGCAAGCAGGCAAUGAAGUCUGAAAAUCUCAAUCAGGAGAAGGUACAUACUGGGGAACCUAUGGCAAUCACUACGAAUCAACAUGGUAUCAUCGAAAUCCCAGAAGAUGACACUGGCUGGAGUGUUGUUUCCCAUGCAAAAAGGCGUCAGGGUUUGUCCAAAUCACGGCCAGCCGUCGAGGAUCAGGAUCACAAUCGAGAUGUCAGAGAGCACGCCUUGCCAAAAGCGCGAGCCAGUGAAGAGCACUUGCCAUCAGGCUCAGCUACCGUCCAAGCACCACCUCCGAAUGUUACGAGUGAGGAAUUUCCACCUUUGCCGCCGACCUCUAAGAAAACAUAUAUUCCCAAUCAUGAAUUUGUUGAUAGUAGGCAUGUUCUGAAUCCAGCAACGCAGCCUGGGCCAUCUGAUAGCAAGAAGAAGAAAGGGAAGGGAAAACUUGCAGCUCCCAUCCCCGCACUGGCCAAUCCAACAGUGAAAUCACAGCCUGAGGCACCUGGGCCUAAAGGUCCGGUUGGUGAAACUCCUUUCAUUCAGCUAGACAGUACCGGUUUCAAAUGCACCUUACCCAGCUGUGAUAAGCGUUGUUGCUCCCUCGAUUACACCUCAGUCAUUUGUCCUCGGUGUGGGCCUCUCUCUGAAAUACGCUACUGUAGUCAAGAGCAUCUCUUUGCAGAUGUCAAGAACCAUUGGUCGUGGUGCGGGCAAUACGCGUUUGGAAUCAUAGCUCGCGGCGAACUGCCAGUGAUUAGCUCCCCCCCUCUACUACCAAAUCUUUACAAUUGGGAUAACCCAGAGAGACAUCGCCAGGCCGUCCACCACGCAGUAGAUCGCUCCGGGGAUUACUUCGUCUUCAGCGACUGGGAGGACUACAUCGGGGCAGGGCAACCAGCAGAUGUUCUAAAUAUCCGCUGUUCCACUCGCGUCGUUCAUGUUGUGUCAUUUGACAAUCCGGUCCUAAAAGACCGCUUCCAUCGCAUUUUGGGAGUCUGUCUUUUUAUGUCCCCUGCGCAAGUCGAAUUCCUAGGGUAUCUGUUCCGAAUGAUACGUGACAAACUCCGCGAACAGGGGUUGUGGUCCGCCGCCAUGGACCGGGCCGUGCGGUACCAAAUGAACAUGGAGUUCCAGUGCGAUCUGAUGGACUGGUACACGGGGUCCCGGCACGCCUGCGAAAUCGACUGGUCUGGAGGAAACCGUCGAGGGUGCCGGGACACCCUGUGCCAGCAGGAAUUCCAAACCCUGCUCGGCGCCACUCCUCUCCUCCUCGAGGAGAGGAUGAAGAAUAUGGAGGCGAAUUUUUGGCUGUUGCGUGCCCACCGCCACACCCACCCAAGCCUCCCAGGGAUGAUAGAGGCAGCAAUCCAGGGACGCACACGGGGUGAAGGUUUCCCGUGUGUGCUCCCUGAGGAUGAGCGCCUGUUUACGCGUGGAACGGGCUGGGACUGGCCAAUUGGAGAUAUGGAGAUAGAAGAACCUGGAUUCUGA